GCGACCACCGUACUUACAUUUCCAAAUCGCACGGUUUGUCUUCAGUUGUGUUGUGUUUCUUUUCGCUUCUGUCCGUCAUUCUUGUGUGCUGAAAUACGCACGAACGACUCGAGGCCUCUCACUUUUUGGCGCUCCUUUUCAAUAACCAGCUAUUCAUCUCCUCGAAACAACCACAAGAGCUUGAAAGCACAAAAUGGCGUGGCGUUGCUCCGCAGCGACGAACGCGGGAAUGGUGGCCGCCCUUCAACAGGAAGGUCUCAUCAAAACGCCGGAGGUGGCCGAUGUGAUGCGGCGCGUGGAUCGCGCCUUCUUCGUGCGCAACCGGGCGGAGGCGUACCUCGAUCAGCCCCUCUCCAUCGGCUACGGGGUGACGAUCAGCGCCCCGCACAUGCACGCCAUCAUGCUGGAGCUUGUGUGCGACUCUGUGCUGCAUCACCAACAGCUCGACCGAGGACACCGCCAGCCACUGCGUCUGUUGGACGUGGGCAGCGGCAGCGGCUACAUGACGGCGGCCUUUGCGGCCCUGUGCGAGGCCGUCGGUCACGGCGGGCCGGCGCCGAUGUUUGACGUGGUGGGCGUCGAGCACGCGCCGGAGCUGCUGCGGCAGUCGGAGAAGGUGCUGACGGAGCACUUUCCCGACUGGAUGCGGGAGCAGCGGGUGCGGCUGUUGAACGGGGACGGCCGCAAGCCGCGGUCAAUCGCCGGCGCUGGAAUUGGGCCGGCGGACGCGUUUGAUGUGAUUCACGUCGGUGCGACGGCACCGCAGGCGGUAGUGCCGGAGUAUUUGCGUCUGCUGCGCAACGGCGGUACGCUGGUCAUUCCCGUCGGUCAGCCCUCCGAGGUGCAGGCGCUGCGCGUCUUCUCAAAAAAAUGCGCCGGGGAGGUGUCGAUUCGACACGUGUGCGACGUGCAGUUUGUUCCUCUCACCUCGCUGGAUACCCAACUCGGCCGAAAUGCAAGCAAUAGUAACGUCUGA